AAGGAUCCAUGACUAAGGAAGAAUUUACUAAGAUGAAGCAAGAAUUAGAAGCGGAAUACUUGGCAAUCUUCAAAAAGACAGUAGCUAUGCAUGAAGUCUUCUUAUGCCGUGUAGCUGCUCAUCCCAUUUUGAGGAAGGAUUUAAAUUUCCAUGUCUUCUUGGAAUAUAAUCAGGAUUUGAGUGUUCGGGGAAAAAAUAAGAAAGAGAAACUUGAAGACUUUUUUAAAAACAUGGUUAAAUCUGCUGAUGGUGUCAUUGUUUCAGGAGUAAAGGAUGUAGAUGAUUUUUUUGAACAUGAAAGAACAUUCCUUGUAGAAUACCAUAACCGUGUCAAGGAUUCCUCUCUCAAGUCUGAUAAAAUGACAAGAUCCCACAAAA